GGUGGACGGCUUUGUUCAACUGAAAGUUAUUUGCCCACGGGCGGGCUGACGGACUUUCAAAAUACGGGGGCUCCCUGCAUCCUAAAACCUAACCCCCCGGCCCACAUGCUAGGGGCCCUGGCAAAAUCUUCCCACUUUGAUGCCCAUGGCCACAGCAACAACAUUUGUAUGUUUUGUAAGUUGCCGUUGCAGGUUUGGGCUAUUUCGCAAUCUUUUGCUGUUGCACAAUAACAAGUUGAUAUCAGGACAUGGAAAAAAAACAAAAAAAACUGUGUGUCAGAGUGUACAUUUAUGUCUCUCCAUGAUUGAUUGUGUGUCUGUGCGUGCUUGCAUGUGUCAGCAUGCGUAUGUGUUUCCAUGUGUCUGUGUGUGUGCGUGUGCGCGCGUGCAUACCUGCGUGCGUACAUUUCCCGUGUGCAUAUGUUUUUCCGUGUGUGUGUGUCUCAGAGUAAGUGUGUGUUCUGGUUCCCCAUGAGUGUGUGCUUGUUUCCAUGUGCACUUAUGUCUUUGCGUGUGUCUCCGUGUGUGUGUGUGUCUCAGUCCGGUGUGUUUGUGUGUUCUGUGUGCUCAGAACGUGCAUGCGUAUGCGAUUGCGUGUGUGUAUGCUUCAGAAUCCAAGCAGAGCCGUGUUUCAGCAUGUUUUCACACCUGAAACGCACACACGCACGCACACACACACACACACACAGACGCACACACCAAGUGUGGCAGAGGAAUGUAGGUGGCGCCCAGUGGUUUAGGUGUGUCCAAGAGAGAUCAUAACAUCUCCAUCAGUCCAGCAUUUUCAGCUGAAUAUGAGCAAGUGAUUUAAACAUAUUUAAUAAAAAUAAUAAUAUCAACAAUAGUAAUAAAAAUCAUACAUUAAAUAAUAUCAAGUAGGCUGGAACAGAUUAAUGGCGUUUCUAUUCAUUUCAAUGGGGAAAGAUUAUUUGAGAGUCAAGUGUUUUGAGUUACAGGCGUGGUCACAGAAUGAAUUUAAAAUCGUAUCUCAAGGCACAACUGUAUUUUUAAUAACAUAAAAAAAAGAAAUAUAGAUAAAGUACACAUCAUACUCACCAGAGGGCAUAAAAAAAUUCACACGCAGCGAUGUGUGCAUAUCACUACAGACGUUUUGCUAGUCCAUGUUGGCUGCAGGAAUUUUUGCGCUGACCAACCAAUCAGAGGAGAGAAAAAGUUCAGCUAGCUGGCCCUGUGAGGGCAAAUUUGAAAUCUGAUUGGUUAAGGAAAAAGUCCCAUUGCCAAUAUAGUUUAAGUUUAGUCGGCCAAACGCUACUGAUUCCGAAGGCUCUGGGUAGAUUACAUUGACGUGGCAACACGCAGAAGAUGAAAUCUUAUUGGACAAAAAAAAAAUCCAACAUCCACAUAUGCGCACUGGAAGCAGUGUAGCCAAGAGAAACGCUACAAAAUGAAGACAGUAGCCUGAUGGGAAUAGAUUAAAUACCAUUUCAAGUAACAACAAUUGUAGGUCAGUGCUUCUGUUGGUGUUGAGUGUAGCGGAGAAGUCCCUGACCGCUGACCACUGCUAUUUAGAACAUCACGGGGGGGGCACCGUGUGCUAUGUUUAGAAGUCCAGCCUCGAUCGGGACAACAAUGUGGCCGUCCAACUUUCAACAGCAUUCCUUCCACCUCUUGUCCGAUGUGUGAGCUUUCAGUCAGGGAGUAUUUUAAGCAGUGAAGCGGCAGAAGCAAGAGCGCACAACGGGUGCGUCAUGGCGGGCGACAUGAUGAUGCUGAUGCGAGGCUUGGCUAAGCUGAGCAAGGCCGUCGUGGAGACGCAGGGCAGUGCCCUACGUGGCGGGACAGGCCUUCCCGGUGUCGGUGCUGCUGUCCAAAAUUUCCAAUCGGCCGCCGAGCAAGGCAUCGAGCAAGGCAUCGCCAUGGUGGUGACGAAAGCACAGGAGCUGAGUCCGCAACAGGCCUCCCCGGACUCAGAGUUCCCUCAGGGCGACCUUUCCACAUCAGAGUUCAGCGAGUACGACGACUUUUUGGCCAAUCACCAGGCGGGCGCUAACGACGGCGCGGGCGCUAACGACGGCGCGGGCGCUAACGACGGCGCGGACGCUAACGACGGCACGGGCGCUAACGAGGGCGCGUGCAAUCGGAGCGCGGCGGGCGGGACGAAGAGCUCGCCGUUCGCCGGCUACAAGGAUCCUUCGCGGGAGUUCGGCAGCAGGCGGUACCACGUCGCCGCCCGCCGCCAGCGUCAUGUGGCGCAGGCGUGCGGGUGGCGGGGCUACCACCAGGAGCCGUCGUCGUCCGUCGGCGGGCUGACGGCCGAAGACCUGGAGAAGGCCCGGCAGAGCAAAAGGCCCGACGUCAAGCCGCACAAACAGAUGUUGAGCGAGAGAGCCCGCGAGAGAAAAGUGCCCGUGACCCGCCUGAGCAGACUCGCCAACUUUGGAGGUUUGGCCGUCGGCUUGGGUAUCGGAGCCUUGGCAGAGGUCGCCAAGAAGACCAUCAGACAUAACGACGUGGCGGGAGAGAAUAAAAAGGCCGUGCUGGACUCGAGUCCCUUCUUGUCGGAGGCCAACGCCGAACGCAUCGUGAGGACUUUGUGUAAAGUGCGAGGGGCGGCGCUCAAGCUGGGACAGAUGCUCAGUAUUCAAGACGACGCGUUCAUCAAUCCGCAGCUGGCCAAGAUAUUCGAGCGUGUGCGGCAGAGCGCCGACUUCAUGCCCAUCAAGCAGAUGACGAAAGCGCUCAACGGCGACCUGGGCCCCCACUGGAGAGACAAGCUGGAGUCCUUCGAGGAGCGGCCCUUCGCCGCCGCCUCCAUCGGACAAGUCCACUUGGCCAGGCUCAAGGACGGCCGGGAGGUGGCCAUGAAAAUACAGUAUCCCGGUGUGGCCCAAAGCAUCAACAGCGACGUCAACAAUCUGAUGACCGUGCUGAGCAUGAGCAACGCGCUGCCUGACGGUCUGUUUCCAGAGCACCUGAUAGACGUGAUGAGGAGAGAGCUGGCGUUAGAGUGCGACUACAUCAGAGAGGCGCAGUGUGCCAAGAAGUUUAGGGAGCUACUGAAGGAGCACCCGUUCUUCUACGUCCCGGAGGUGAUCGAGGAGCUGAGCAGCAGCCACGUGCUCACCACGGAGCUGGUCCCCGGCUUCCCCCUGGACCAGGCCGAGGGCCUCCCGCAGGAGCUCAAGAACACGAUCUGUGAGAACAUCCUGAAGCUGUGCCUCAGAGAGUUGUUUGAGUUCCGCUUCAUGCAAACCGACCCAAACUGGUCCAACUUCCUGUACGAUCCACAGACACACAAGGUGGCGCUACUGGACUUUGGAGCCACCAGAGGAUUCGAUCAAAGUUUCACAGACGUCUAUAUCGAAGUGAUCCGCUCGGCCGCUGAGGGCGACCGAGAAGGAGUUCUGAAGAAAUCCAUCGAGAUGAAGUUUCUUACCGGUUAUGAGUCCAAGGCUAUGGAGAACGCGCACGUGGACGCGGUGAUGAUCCUCGGCGAGGCCUUCGCGUCGCCAGACACGUUCAACUUCGGCGCGCAGUCGACCACGGAGCGCAUCCACAACCUGAUCCCGGUGAUGCUGCGCCACCGCCUGACGCCGCCGCCCGAGGAGACGUACUCGCUGCACCGCAAGAUGGGCGGCUCCUUCCUCAUCUGCUCGCGCCUGGACGCCAAGCUGCGCUGCAACGACAUGUUCCAGGAGGCUUACCGGCGCUACUGGCUGGGCCGCACGCCGCCCGUUUGAUGCACCGGUCCCCGGAACAAUCGCAAAAAGAACCACCGAGGGAGGUUUGAAUAUGCACGAGCAUCGUGUUGGAGGCCAAAACUGCGGACAAAAAGCACCCAAAGCGACUGUAACACGGUUGGCAUUAUUAAAAAAAUUUUCAUUUAUUUUUUUUUUUUUACCAGACGAUCAGGGUUAAAGGCGCUCAUCAGGAUGAUGACGAUGAUUGAUGAUGUAGUCGUAUAAGGUUAGUCUGUCAGUGUGGACCAGGACCAUAAGUGUCUUCUUCUUGUUUCUGCUUUAGAUGGAGCCCAGCUAGCAACACAAACAAACGUAAAAAAUAAAUGUUUUAAAAGUAAUCGAAUACUGGAAUAAUUUAUGUCCACGUAGUUUAUAAUCCUUAUUUUUGUCCUUGCUGCUGUUGAUGGCGUUUUAGUUUAGUUGGGAGACUUUUAUUCUUGUUUUUUUUGCCGGUCAGGUUUAUGAAGCUCAGGGUGAUUUUACCACGUUAUCUUUAACAAGAAAUGUACAAAACUAAACCUUUUGUGUCUGUUUUUUUCUUUCCCUUCUCUGUCCAUGUAUGUGGAUUCCACUUGAUUAAAAUCAAAACGUGUUUGCUGUGA